AUGCCAGGCUGGAUGUCUCAUCUGAAAAUUUGGCCUGCAAGUUCAUCUAUCCAUCAUCGAGAGCUAGAUUUCCGACGAUCGACACCACCGUCGACGACCAACACCACCAUCGACGACAUCGUAACUAUCAUUUUCUCCAACAAUUUCUGGAACAUUGACCUUGAAACAACUAUAGAUCUGGAAUCAGAUUUAUUAAACAUGACAUCAUAUUUGAACACCUUCUCGACAAGUCAACGCCAUACGUCCGCCACCGUUGGAUCGGUUUCGGCGUCGUCUUGUUCAUCGACGUCCUCCGUGUUUGCUUCGUUCGUGGUUGAUCCCAAAUUUGAAGAAGAACAUUUUGAUGGCUUUGCCCUAACUACCAAUGGAUCUGAAGAAUUCAGCCCCUUCGUUCGCCGUCUUCCUGAAUUCAAGCUCUGUGUCACACAGGAAGGACAGAAGAGGUGGUUAAUGAUGCAUCACCUGCUACAAGUUGAAUCUUCGCUGUUCUCGGCUCCAAAAUCAGCUCCUCUUACGACUACAACUCCUCUCCUCGACACUAAUCGAGUUAUCCAGCAAAGGAUUGAUGUUACUCAAAGUUACAUUACAAAGGAAGGAGAUGAAAAGGAAAACCCAGUGAAGAACAUGGGCUUUCGGAGGUUUGAAAAAGUGGAAGUGGUUUGGACCAGGGUGCAGCAGGUGGUUCCAAGGGUCGAACCAGGGGGAGCGGUGGUGCUGAUGGUUCGAAGAGGAUGA